AACCCUGCCUGCUAGGGAUGCCACACCGCCUCGCUGCAGUCCGGGAAAGGGAUAACACAUACCGGAUCACAGACAAUCGCGCUUCUCUUUUUCUUAGUCUUCUUAGCAUAUAGGGAACUAUAGCGUGAAGAUCAUGUAGACGUACGCGCCCUCACCCGUAGAGCACCAUAAACUAGGUUUUCGAAGAGUUUUUGGCUCGUGUCGUGUUUUUUGAUGUGCUGGAAUGCCGCCAGAAUGAAGAUGGAAAGGAAGGGGUGAAGGGGGUACUCGCUGCUCAAAACGUCCCCCUGAGACCCAAAAUCAGGGGCCGCGUGCGAGGACCUGCUGCGAGGGGCCAAACAGGACUGCAGAAAUUGGGAAUUGGGGAGUGAGACCGUCUGGCGACGUCUGUCGCUCUCCCUGAAUUAAAAUCAUACCACUUUCGAAGUGGUUUCCAACAGAUAGCCUACUCCCAGCUUUCUGAAAAUUAUAUGACACGUGAUCGUUAUUUAGCCCUACACAUAUUUCCUGUCAAUUACGUUUUUGCUCGUCAUUUUUAAAAUCGUUCGUUUUGUCAAAAUGGUAUAGCUAACAUAAAUUAUUCGAAAACAAUCUUUAUUAAGUGAUGGCAGAGCGCAUUAACUUUUACACUGUAUGGGGUGCUAAGGUUGUUAUUAAUAUUUCAAACCACAUUUGUGCUGUACACAAUUUCGACGUCACGGUUUAAUUAUUAAAACAUUUGUUUACUCGUUGUCUAUGUUUCAGUGGCGCCGUCAUGUUAACAAGAUUAUUCAACGAACCUUCACUGCUUCCGGACAUGGAGAAGUUCGGAGGCUGGGUGGAUGACAGCGGGAGCGAGUGCUCCAAAACCAAGGACGAAGAGCAGGAGCGCUGUCGCCUAGGCGACGAGGACUUGGAUGAGGGCGAUGUGAAAGGCGGGAGCAGCCGGGCUCAGUCGGAAAUUGCAGGGGAGGAAGACGAUGAUGAGGAUGUUGAUGAAGAUGAUUGUGGAGAUGAGGGGGAUGGGGACAGACCUAAAAAACGUGGGCCAAAAAAACGCAAAAUGACACCGGCUAGGUUAGAGCGCUCGAAAGUAAGGCGCCAAAAAGCGAACGCUAGAGAGCGCACGCGCAUGCACGAUCUAAAUUCAGCACUAGACAAUCUACGCAAGGUAGUACCAUGCUAUUCAAAAACUCAAAAACUCUCUAAAAUUGAAACAUUACGGUUGGCGAAAAACUACAUUUGGGCGCUGUCAGAGAUCCUGCGGAAUGGGAAGAGACCGGAUGUGGUUUCAUAUGUACAGACACUUUGCAAAGGCCUCUCCCAACCCACAACCAAUCUAGUGGCUGGGUGCCUCCAACUUAACUCAAGGAAUUUUCUAACGGAACAAUGUCAAGAGGGAGCGCGCUUUCACUUGCCCACCCCCUCGUUCUCCAUGCAUGCAUAUCCAUAUCAGUGCUCCCGUCUAUCAAGUACACAUUGUCAGUCCGGAUCCAAUGCACAUAGCCUCAGAAAUCACUCUUUCUGUUCGGCCUAUGAGGCUCUGUACACCGAAGGCACGUCCCCAGAAUACAAUAGUCCAGAUUACGAGGGCCACAACAGCCCUCCGGUGUGUGUAAAUGGUAACUUUGCAUUGAGACAACAGGAGACACUCUCACCAGAGGCGGAAAGAGGUUAUCAAUAUUCUAUGCAUUACACCAGUCUGCAUGGCUCACGUUCCUCCGCUGCUCAUGGUCUUGCUUACGCCUCAUCAGGUGCUCGCAGCGGCAGCGCGCACUCGGAGAACCUCCCUCCGUUUCAUGAUGUACACGUGCACCACGAUCGGGACCCUGCAUACGAAGAACUCAACGCAUUUUUCCACAAUUAGGUGAUCUUUCCCUGCUAAUGACCAUUUUUAGGGGGGUAAGACAGAGGGAAAAGGGAAAGACAUUUCCACAUUCAAAACAUUAUUUAAUUUACUUUACUGUACUCUGAAAGCAGGUGUUGUGGGCUCAUCAGUUUUUUGUUUUUUGGGUUUUUUUUUUUUUACAUUACUGAACAGUAAUUAUGUUUUUACAAUAAUUCCAUAAUGACAAAAUGUAUAUAAAAGACGUCAGGACAUGAAUCCAACUGCUAAAUACAUUUUACCAAGUGGGAGUGCUAUUUCUGAUUGAUUCAAAUGUUUGAACCGUAACGAGUCUCUAGUGUAAUGACAAGAAGAAGAAAAAAAUGUUAAACUAAAUUGUUAAAUGAAGUCUGUUUUUUGAUCAAACAAAUAAAGAAACAUAUUGUUCCAGAA